GCCCGGGGCCCGCCCCGCGCGGGCGCGGCGCCGCACGGCCCUGCCAGGACCGCCCUCGUGUCCCAUAAGGCCCUGCGCGCGAGGCCCCUCCCUCUCUCGGCGGGGCCAGCGGCGGACGGCGGCACCGAGGCCCCGACACCAUGCCUGCCCUCAGGCCUCUCGUGAAACCUAAGAUCGUCAAGAAGAGGACCAAGAAAUUCAUCCGCCAUCAGUCCGAUCGCUAUGUCAAGAUCAAGCGCAACUGGCGCAAGCCAAGAGGUAUUGAUAACCGAGUUCGCCGGCGGUUCAAGGGUCAGAUCCUGAUGCCCAACAUUGGCUAUGGCAGCAACAAGAAGACAAAGCACAUGCUGCCUACGGGGUUCAGAAAGUUCCUGGUCCACAAUGUGAAAGAGCUGGAAGUGCUCAUGAUGAGCAACAAGUCAUACUGUGCAGAGAUUGCUCACAACGUGUCUUCUAAAAACCGGAAGAUCAUUGUGGAGAGGGCUGCUCAGCUUGCCAUCAAGAUCACCAAUCCCAAUGCCAGACUGCGCAGCGAGGAGAAUGAAUAAACUAGCUUCUACAUCCAGGAUGUGUUUAAUAAAGCGUAAAAAAACCA